ACACACACAUCAGUUUUCAUUAGCAAACAAUGCAUUCAGAGUGUUUCACAAAAAUCAAGGACAUCUGAUGUAGAGAAAGAAAAAAACCACCCGGGAAUAGGGCGGGAUGCCAUUAAGCGAUGGAUAGACAUGAAGGGGUGUACAUUUGCAAAAAAUGGAAAUAAUUUCAGCUUUACUGUGUUUGUAAAGGUCCUCACAUGGCAUCUCCAAACAGUUUCACAGACCUGAGAAGCCACAAAAACAUAAAACAAUUUUCCCAAAAGUAUCUUUUUUAUACUGAUAUCCAGUUCUUCUCACAAUUUAAAUGAAUGAGUUCCAUGGAUCCUUUGUGGAGACUGUGGUUCAAGGUCUUUCCAUUGAUUGGCGCUCACUAAGUUAGCUUAAGAGGCUAAUUGCUGUCAAGCAUUAGUCCAUUCAUGUCAUCUUCCGUAGGAACCUUGUACACCUCAUUGACUUAUAUCUAAAAUUACUAAUUUAGUUGAUUUUGGUACUAGGAACUCUAGUAGACUUCCACACUGAAACUUUGAUAAAAUGGCUGUGCUGCCAAUAAAAUUCACCAAAACCAAGAGAGACAGAUUGGCCCAGGUUUUGUGGGUACUGAACUGGAUAUCAGUAGUAACAGGUAUAAUCCUCUUUAUCUUGGGCAUCUUUCUGAAAGUUGAAAUUAACAAGCGGCAGGAUCUAAUGGCCGAGCGCCAGCUCCAAUCCGUGCCAAACAUGCUAAUUUCUGUGGGACUUAUAGCCUGCAUGAUUAACUUUUUGGGAGGAAAGAUCUGCUAUGACUGCGUGGACACCAACAAGUUCUUACGCUGGAAGUUGGUGAUGCUUCCAUACAUCAUUUGCACGUUUUUCUUCACUCUGAGCGUGCUUGUGGGUGCCUUGAUGUGCUACAGCAUGCACGGACAGCUGGAGGAAGCACUAACUGUGGGGCUACGUGAUGCUAUGCGUUACUAUAAGGACACGGACACACCAGGCCGCUGCUUCCUGAAGCGCACAGUGGACCUGCUGCAGAUCCAGUUCCAGUGCUGUGGGAACGAGGGCUACAGAGACUGGUUCCAGAUCCAGUGGGUCAGCAACCGAUAUUUGGAUAUGUCCCAACAAGAUGAGCUUGGCCGUCUACGGAGCAACGUGGAAGGAAAAUACUUAAUGGAUGGAGUUCCCUUCAGCUGCUGCAACGUCAAUUCUCCUCGGCCGUGCAUUCAGUACCAAAUCACCAAUAACUCCGCCCACUUUAAUUACGACUACCAGACAGAGGAGCUCAACCUGUGGAUGAGAGGAUGUCACCAGGCUCUGCUAGAUUAUUACACCAACAUCAUGCAUUCUAUCGGCCUCACGGUUCUGAUCAUCUGGCUCUUUGAGCUCUCUGUGUUAACGGGGGUCCGUUACCUCCAAACGUCUCUGGAAAACGUACUGCGGCAGGGGGACCCUGAGUGUGAGUCUGACGGGUGGCUCCUGGAGAACAGCUUUGUGGAGACGGCUCGCUCUAAUUUCAACAUCAUCAAACACCUGGGCAAGUUCAAUCAGAUAUCAAGCAAUGGAGAUCCAAACAUUGACAAACCAUCUACAGCACACUACGGUCCAGACAAUGUGCCUCUGAAGCCUCUUCCAACGGCCAGUUAGGCCUUCUGAAUGCUCCUUCUGGCCAGAAACAUUACAUAAGCCACAGAUGACUGGACUGUGAUGCUAUAUGACUUAAAAAUUAUGAAAAUGAUUCAGCGAAAAUUGAGAUGGCAUUGUAAAGCAGGAACACAGUGAAAUUACAACAUACAAUAUACUUGAGGUCUGAUGUCAUUUAACAUGUAAGAACUGAACCAAGUGCUGUUUUAACACACAAGGCAAAGCAUCAUGGGGCCUUCAGAGUCUUCAAAUCUAUAAAUUGCCUCUCAUUAAGAAUACAACCGUUUAAAUAUUUUGUGUUUUAGAGAUUCUUGUGUGAAUAGUUUGACUACUGAAGAGUUUGUUUAGAGCUAAACUGUUCACUGUAGGUUUUUCAUUAGUGAGUAAUUGGAUGAGUUUUUUUUUUCUUUAGUUCCAGAAUCUUCCAAUAAGGCAAAUAGCUACUGUUUCUUUGCCACAAUCCUCCCAAACGUCUCUUCUGUCAGUGUGCAAGUUUAUAAGUUUUAAGUACAUACGGUUGCUCUCUCUCUCUCAGCUUAAAGGUGCUGUAUGUCAGUUUUUGACUCUACUAAAGCAUACAAAUACCAUAAUAUGUUUGCAGAUAUUUAGGAAACAUGCUAAGUUAACAUACUUGUUUAUCUAAAAAGCAUUGGUACAGUCAGUUAUUCUCAUUUGAAAAUGAGCGUUCCGGCCUGGAAUGUUUUGGUUUGUGAAACCCAUUUCAGCACCCUGGGUUGACAGUUGGCAGAAAACACAGUGUAUUUCAUGUCAUUCAUGGUCAAGUGCGCUUGUUCCUGUUGGUGUCUUCAAUCUGGCAACCUGCAUGUGCAUCAAAUCUGAGGAGGAGGGGCCAGGUGAAAAAAACCCUACUAGAAAUAUUUUGAAUUUGGACUGCAAUAGUUCAACCUCUCGGUGUCAAUCCAACAUACAGCACCUUUAAAUCUGACGAAUUGUCAGAUUAUCCAUUACAUAAUACAAAAACAAGCCACAAUAAGGAACCAUGGAAAGGUUCCUUGGAUGAAAAAGGCUCUUCAUGGAACCAUAUGCCAAUAAAUAAACUUUCUUUUCUUUUUUAAAAAGUGUUGUAAGUAAAGCAAGCUAGAAAACCCAUUCUGAAGGAACAACUUAUUUGAUUUUCACAAAAAUGUUGUGGUAACACUGUUGAAGCAUGUAUAUAUACAGAAUGCAUUGUAGAGGUACA